CGCAUCCCCGAGUCGAGCUCGCGGAGUCGCGCUUGCAGGGAAGAAACGAGUCUAGAGUCAACAUGACGCAAUUUUAGGAAACUUUCCCCCGCGGAGAACGGAAAUCUUUCCCCCGGCAUUUUCUAUUUUAUCGCCGUUUUCACUUUUGCGACUUUUCCUCUCUCUCUCUCUCUCUCUCUCUCUCUCCUCUCCGAGCCGCACCGGUGUGAUGCCCGCCGGGAUGUUCAGCAUAGACAGCAUCCUGUCCGGCCGGCCGAGCUGCAAGGAGCCGCUCCUGCUGCACCGGAGCGGCCCGGUGGUUCUGUCCGCCGGCCUCACGGACUCUAUCUACACCGACUACAACGGACUGUACUCGGCCACGUGCGGGCCUUCUCCUCCCGGUAUUCAGUCUGUGAACGGGACCAGGAUAGGAUAUAACGGCUACUAUUACGGACAGCUGCAAGUCCAGGGCGCCGGAGGAGGGCCGCCGUGCUGCGGCUCCGUGCCCGGCCUCAGCCCGCAGCAGUGCCCCUGCAUACCGGCAGGCUACGACAGCCCAGGCUCGGUGCUGAUCUCUCCGGUCCCCCACCAGAUGAUGUCCUACAUGAACAUGGGCAGCCUGUCGCGGACCGAGCUGCAGCUCCUCAACCAGCUGCACUGCCGCAGGAAGCGGAGGCACCGCACCAUCUUCACCGACGAGCAGCUGGAGGCUCUGGAGGGCCUCUUCCAGGAGACCAAGUACCCGGACGUCGGCACCCGAGAGCAGCUGGCCCGCAAGGUGCACCUCCGAGAGGAGAAGGUCGAGGUGUGGUUCAAAAACAGACGCGCUAAGUGGAGGAGGCAGAAAAGGUCUUCAUCAGAGGAAUCAGAGAACUCUCAGAAAUGGAACAAAUCCGCCAAAACGUCCGCGGAGAAAACCGAGGAGAGUAAAAGCGAGGUGGACUCGGACAGCUGAUAAUAACAGCGACCUAACACGGCCACAUGUGUGUGUGUGUGUGUGUGUGUACAUAUAGUGGAACGUAAUGUGGACUCGACGACAUGCUGGUGGUGUGAUGAAACGUGUUGCCAUGUUGCACAGUUGUACAUAUCUACAUUUUAUUAUUGAUUCUGUGUCCGCUAUUUAUAUUUAAUUUAAGGGGGUUUUGUAAUGUUAGGCACGGCCAGGGGACGUGACGCCCGGUGGACUGACUGAAAUGUCUGAAUAUAUCGUAAUGUUAUAUGUGACAUUUUUAUGGAUAUUAAAUGUUGUAAUUCUGGUAUUUUUCCGUUGUAACAUUCUUGAGUGCGGCCGGCCAGCCGCAGGGGGAAACACUCACAGGCUGAGCUCAGAGCUGUCAGCAGGAAUAUACCGAUGUUCUGUCAUUUUAUUUUGCAAAAAUAAGAAAACCUACUUAAAAAGGCAACGACUAUACAUUAAAAUAUAAAUGAAACAUCGUAAA